ACUAUUGUAUCCGAUCAGCAAAGCGUCGUGCGUUUAAUGUCGAGCGCAUGGAAAGUGUCCGCAUUAACGGAUGUGCUUUCAACUCCUCCCCCGUCUGCAACCGGCUCUGCUCGCCGUUCAUGUCGAUCACACCUCAACAGUUGGUUUCAACCGCAGAUUAAAUGACCAACUUUCGGUUUGCUUGGAUAGUUUCCCCUUCACUUCAGUCAACCUUAAAAUGAAAUCUGGCACUUUGAAAACGAGAUCCUCUUACCUUGAAGAACUUUUUCCGAACUUUUCAUGAGAUUGAACUUUGGAUGACAAACAGUUUAAGGAAACCAGGGCGGACAAGAAGGACACAUUAUGGCAAUAUGUGGCAGACGGAGUCGGCCCAAAUUCAUUCUGUACAUUCUCGGGGCGUUUGUAUUGGGAUAUUUAGUAUUUCAUAGGAACACACACAGUGAUGUCGGACUGGCGAGUCGAAGAGAAGUUACAGUCGAGGAGCACAAAAAUGUGGACGAGGAAUUUCUGAAGAAACCUGUUUACGAGAAGCCUCCUCUAGAAAUAAAUGCGUUGGGAGAGAUGGGUAGAGCUGUUAAACUGGACCUGACUGAAGAAGAGAAGCGAGAGGAGGAGGAGAGCAUCAAAAAACACCAGAUAAACACUUAUGUGAGUGAUAGGAUAUCAUUACACCGCAGGCUGCCUGAAAGAUGGAAUCCACUAUGUAGAAACCUGAAAUAUGACUACCUGAGCCUGCCGUCGACAUCAGUAGUGAUAGCCUUUUACAACGAAGCCUGGUCCACACUACUGCGGACGGUGCACAGUGUCCUGGAAACCUCACCGGACGUGCUGCUGACUGAAAUCAUACUGGUGGAUGACUACAGUGACCGAGAUCAUUUAAAAGAACCUCUAGAGAACUACAUCGCCAGUCUCAAAAAGGUGCGUCUGAUCCGUGCAAGGAAGAGAGAGGGUUUGGUGCGAGCGCGGCUUCUGGGGGCGUCCAUUGCCACAGGAGAAGUGCUGACCUUCCUCGAUUGCCACUGUGAGUGUCAUGAAGGCUGGUUGGAGCCUUUACUCCAGAGAAUAAAGGAUGAGCCUUCAGCUGUGGUGUGUCCAGUGAUUGAUGUUAUCGACUGGAACACCUUCCAGUACCUGGGCAACCCCGGAGAACCUCAGAUCGGAGGAUUUGAUUGGCGAUUGGUGUUCACGUGGCACACUGUCCCAGAACAUGAACAGAAACGCAGAAGUUCUGCCACUGAUGUCAUCAGGUCUCCUACAAUGGCUGGGGGUUUGUUUGCAGUCAAUAAGAAGUACUUCCAUUACCUGGGCACAUAUGACACAGGAAUGGAGGUGUGGGGUGGAGAGAACCUGGAGUUCUCAUUCAGAAUCUGGCAGUGUGGAGGGAGUCUGGAAAUCCAUCCUUGUUCUCACGUGGGUCACGUCUUUCCGAAGAAAGCGCCAUACUCGAGAAACAAGGCCUUGGCCAACAGCGUGCGAGCGGCAGAAGUCUGGAUGGACGAAUUCAAAGAAGUGUAUUACCAUCGCAGCCCUCAUGCUCGUCUGGAGGCAUAUGGUGAUGUGACACACAGACGGAAACUCCGAAUGCGCCUUGGCUGUAACGAUUUUAAGUGGUUCUUGGAUAACAUCUACCCUGACAUUCAAGUCCCAGAGGACAGGCCUGGAAUGUUUGGCAUGCUAAAGAAUAAAGGAAUGGCCAACUACUGCUUUGACUACAACCCACCUGAUGAUCAUAAUAUGGCUGGUCACCGGGUCAUUCUUUACCCUUGUCACGGCAUGGGACAAAACCAGUUCUUUGAAUACUCCACACUCCAAGAGAUCCGUUAUAACACGAGGGAGCCUGCAGGCUGUGCCGUGGUUGAUCCUGUCUCCACAUUCCUUACCAUGCAUCACUGCAGUAAACCCAGGGAAGCCGUGCCUGAAGACCAGAAGUUUCUAUUCAGAGAGGACGGCUCUCUCUACCAUGUUCAGACACAGAAAUGCAUUGAGGCAGUAGCUCGGACUGACACUGGGAACCCUGGCCCCGCUCUCCGGCCCUGCUCCGACUCAGCCUCCCAGAAGUGGUUGUUUGAAGAGAGAACAUAGCAAAGGUUCUCUCUACACCCUUCACCUGCACUACAGCUCAAAGGGCAUUUCUUAUCAGCUGCUCUGACUUCAUACCAGCUUAUUGAGCAUUCCAUUUCCUUAAGGAUUGAUUGUGCCUUCCUGUUACACAACAUGCACAGUACAGAUAAAUUAAAGAAAAUAUAGUGUGUUUUAAUGAUAUAACGUAUUAGAUUUGAACAUUUUUGGGUAGUGUGUUAAGAUUCAUCAUUCAUAAUAGUUAUUCAGUUUGUAAUCUGAAAACCCUGAGAAGAAUUUCCAUUUUCGUGCAAUGAGUGCGAGUUUUGAGUAAAAUAAUGUAUGCGUGCUGUUCAAACAUUUGAGGUCAGUAAGAUUUUAUUUUGAAAGAAAAUAUUAUUUUUACUGAGCAAGGAAGCAUUAAAUUGAUCAGAAGUGACAGUUAAGACAUUUAUAAUGUUACACAAGAUUUCUAUUUCAAAUAGAUUCUGUUCUUUUGAAUCCUGAAAACAUGUUUUAAACAUCAUUCAUCAUUUCUGAAGGAUCGUGUGACACUGAAUAUGCCAUCAUAGGAAUAAAUUGCAUUUUAAAACAGUAUAAAAUACAACACAGUUAUUUUAAAUUGUAAUAUUUACAUUUUUUAUGGUGAGCAUAAAAGUCUUAUUUCAAAAACAUAAAAAAUUCUUGCCAGCUCCAAAUGUUUAAACAGUAGUGUGUGUUGUAUAAUGAAACGUGAAAGUCUCCAAACCACAGACCUUAUUUUAAUCAUAAAUCCAAAACCACCAUUCUUAAAGCCCACAGGAAGUUCCUGAGGGAAGCCAGGUGCAUUAGUCUUCCAGGUUGGGCUGCACAUAGACGUUAUUACUAUACACCUCCAUUUCUCUGCAAGAUAUAAACACUGUAUUUAAGCUCUCAUCAUAACCUCUGGGUCUCUCUGUCGCAAUUGACAAUCAUUACCAUUUUACAAGAUGGUAAUUUGAGUUAUUUUAAUCAGUCAGUGCUGCCAGCUCCAUCUGCUGGUGUCUCAUCCUCCCCUGCUAUUCUGCAAAGUAGCUUCUAUUUAUUAAAAUGCUUGACAUAUUUAACUAAUAGUGACUAGCAUUUUUAAGUCCUCUGUAUUCUGGUACCUGAUGUAAGUCAGAUAUCCUUUGGCAGCCUGGUUUUGUGUGUGUGUGUGUAUUGAGGUUACGCUCAGAUAAGCAGCCGUGCUGGCGAUUGUUUUUCCAACCACUAGAUGGUGCCAAAUUCUGCGUUUUAUUCCAUGUCCAGCUUCGUCCUCCAUGUUAUAACAUCAGCUCUUAUUUACAUGUGUGUAAAUUCAGUAGCCCAUUGUGCAGUGAUUGAGAUGCUGGGUUACACUUUUUAUACAGUUAAAAAUGUACAGUGAUUAUUACUUACAUCUGAAAGCGUAUGGCAGCCUACCACUAGUCAUUUACCUGCUGUAGAGAAUAGAUUGUGGGAUGAAACAGAGCUGGAUGUCACAGAAAAUACUAGAUUGUAGUGGCCAAAUUGCUGUUUUUUUUUUUUUUUGCUUCAUAUUUCCCUAAAGUUGUAGAGAAACAAGUGUUGGUUAGUUAGUUUGGAGUAUGUGGAUAUAAACCUCUUUAAAUUCUGACCGUCUGUGGAUCCGUUUCCUAUGCUGAAUGAUUAUUUCUGUAAGUCCUUUUAUAAUGAAUUUAUUUUAUUAACUUAGCUUUCUCAGUUAUUUAUUACUUCAGGAAUUGCUGGUGUCCUUAAAAUUGAUGGAAUGUCGAAAAUAGGAAGUAGAUUUUCAGUCAGAAAUGACCUUUCUGUCAUUAUUUACUCACCCUUAUGUUGUUCCAAGACUGUAAGACUUUGUUCUGUGAAACACACAAAAAAAAUUUGAAGAUGCUAUUUUCCGAAAAAGGAUUAUGCUGCUAUUUUCCCAAAAAGGCACUUUAAAAAUAUAAAAGUAGUCCAUAAAAGUCAUGAGCUAUAUUCUAUAAAGUUGUUAUUGGGUGAACACCAACAAUUCACUUUCAUUCUAUGGAAAAGAGCAGCUUCUAUAAAUAUCUCUUUUUGUGUUCCACAAAGGGAAAUGUUUUUGAAAGACUUAAAGGUGAGUAAAUAAAGACAUUUUAAAAUGUUUUAAGUGCCUUACACAGUGUUCAAAGAAGGACAUUUUAAGGGAAGGGAAAAGGGAAGUUUUAUUGUUUGGUUUAUGGAACAUAUUUUUUUGUAUUAAUUUAUUAGGUGAACAUUGUCAUAGGGAGAAUUGGUUUACUGAUGUGAGAGCAUGUGACAUUAGCUCAAUACUGGACAGAUGUUUCCAGGGCCUCCAUAGAUAAGAUGAUUGAGAGAUUAUUUAUGUGAUGAUAAAACUAUGAGAACCCAUUAUGUUUGCGAUGAUAGGGCUUUUCCUGUUUGGCAAAGUCACAGAAUUGACAAUGGGUUUUCUUGAAGAGGUCAAAAAAGAGGAUAUUCUGUAUGGAUGGAUAGAUGGCCUUAAGUCCUAUUUAGACCUGACUGUGGCUAUAUGGUCAUUUUAUCCUAGAAAUAUCAAACACAAAGAAAGAUACAUUCUCUAUAUAAAUGUGGUGGUUAAAGUUCAUAUCAUGCAUUUUGAUCUUCAAACAUGCAGAAAAAUGAGUUGUUGGGUUAAUAUGCACUUUUCUUGGAAAAAUGAAUUAUUUUUAAUUGUAUUUUAUCUUACGUUUAAUUUUGCUGAUGGUAGAAUGUUGAAACAAUGUUUUGAAAUGGUAUCAAUGCUGGAAGAAAAUUCAGGUAACUUUAUACUGUUAUGUAAGUGACCUUAACAUCAGAAAUGAAGGUAUUCUUUUUUUUUUUUUUUUUUAAUGCAUUAAUUUGGGUUAAUAAUGUCUAAAAUCUUAACUUAAAGAUGCACUCAGUAUUUUUUUGUUGUUGUUGUUAUGCUACACCAUUUUAUGUCAUUUGCAAUCAGCUAAAGGUUAGUAGUAUUUAACAUGAGCCAACCCACUCCAUGUAAAAUAAAACUGCUUUUAUUAGGGUACUGACAUGAUUGCAGUCUUCAUCUCAUGUGAGCAUACUUAGUUUUUCCUUUCAUUUCUUCUGAGUGCACCUUUAACUUGUAAUGACAUUUUUUUUCUAGAUCCAAAUUUCCUUUAACUUAUAACUGAUUUCAUGUUUGACUUUUUACACAUUAAAGCCAUUGAAUAACA